CCUUCCCAUCCAGCGACAUCAUAUCUACCCCCCACCUCAUCAUCUUCUCUUUUCCGUCUCUCUCUUCCCCCAAACACACAGUACAACCCACUGCCUAGUAGAAGUUGCAUCGUCCCCCAGGGAAGCAACCAAAAUGGCCUCCGAAAUCUCCUUCGCCAAAGCCUUCCUCUCCGCCCUGGACAACCGACCCAUCAAGCUCCGAGCCGACUAUGUCCACGACGACCCCAACGCCCGCAUACCACACCUUCUCCCCCGCCUCCAACCGCCACGCCCAACAAUGCCCAAGAAAACCCCAAGCGCCGCAGCCGCCCCCGGCUCCUCGAAAUCCAUCACCGUCGUCCUCAAGUCCGCCCGCAACCCGGCGCUGGAACUCACCCUGCCCAACAUGCCCUUAUCCACGACGACCGUGACCGACCUGAAGGACGCGGUGCGGGCGCGGGUCGUCGAUGCCACCGACGCAAAACCCGCCCUCGAGAAGAUCAAGAUCCUCCACCGGAAGAAGCCCGUCACGGGGAAUAAGACGUUGGCGGAGAUGUUGGGCGAGGAGCCGGCGUUGCUGGCGGGUGGGAAGGAGGUUGAGGUUGCGGUUAUGGUGCUGGGGGGUGGGCGGGUUGUUCCAGCUGAGGGUGAAGCGCAGGGGGAAGCGGAGGGCCAGCGGGGUGAGGAGGAUACCACGGCUGCGGAGCCGGUCAGCAAGCCGGCGGUCGGGCCGAGUGGGGAGGAGGUGGUGAAGACGGAGGCAUUCUGGGAGGAUUUGCAGGGGUUCUUGGAGCAGAGGGUCAAGGAUGCGGAGGAGGCGAGGCGGUUGAGGGUUCUGUUCAAAGAGGCGUGGGAGGGAGGGAGGAAGUGAGGUUUUCUCUCAUGCUGGGGUCGGAAAGACGGGUAAAUGAUACCCUUGUUCAUGCCAUCUAAUGUGGGGAGAUGUGGAUAUUAAAUCUUCUUUCUUGUGUAUAAUGUGCCUCGAUUGCUGGUGCUCAAGCUAGUGGAGCGGGCGCGGUUUGCGUCUACUUAAGUAUCAUGUCCUAAUAGUAGUAGACAUGUAGCCAUGUAGGGCAAGAAAAUGUACAGGUGAAUU